AACCCAGUGAAACGACCGUGUUGUCAUGCAAGCAACACACUUUAUUAUUUUUUUAGCUUUAAAAACAAUCAAUCAAUCAAGAACAACUCCCCAAACAAAAAAAUCCCCAAUUUAAACCUAUCGCUUUUUGCGCGAUUCCAUUGAAAUUUCUCAAACCACUUUGGAUAUCAACUUCUCUUUCGGGAUCUUGGAUCGCUUUUCUCCCCUGAACAGGUGGCUGAUUGUUUGAUCAAUUGAAGGUAUGAAGCCUGGAGUCUCUACUUUGAAUCCAUAUGCAGCGGCUUACAUUCCACUCUCGAAGAGAGAGUUGGAACCUGCUCUAAUGUCCCCGAACCAGCACUACCACAAUGCUUCUUUUGAAGGAAGUUUUCAUGUUCCUGCAGAACAAUUUAGUCAAGAUGUUUUCUCUGUGAGGAACCAGCCUCUCCACAGUUCUUUUGGUGGAUCAUCGCAGAAUGUGAAUGUAGGAUUAGAAAAACAGAUUUUGGAUGAAGAGUUCGAUAUUGAUUUGGAUUUUCUUCAGAUGACAUUUCCUGGUUUGUCUGAGCAGUCACUUGCUGGUGUUUAUUUGGCAAACAAGGGUGACUUAGAAGCCACUGUUGACAUGCUGAACCAACUUGAGUUCCAUACGGUCGAGUCUUCUGAGAGUCUUCCGGAUACCUUGGAUAUUGGUGAUGUUUCUGAACCUGGGUCAUCAGCUCACUUUGCAUCGUUGAAACUGAAGAACAUAUCAGGUUCAGCUGAAGGUUCAUCUGAGUCUGCAGACUCCCAGGUUGUCUCCUGAUUUAACAGUCAAAAGCAGUGGCAAUGGUUUUAACUUGGCAUGUUGGCUUUGUAGGUAAGAAGUAUAUUAAAUAGGGAAUAUUCCCAUGGGAACACAAGAGGUACAUAAUACAGCUAUGGUUGUAUAGUUCUCAGAUGCUUGGUUUCUUUCUUCUCUGCUUUCUGGCACCUUACUUUUGUUUGACAGGCCAAAAAGCCUGUUGUGCCGGUAGCUUAGCUUGCAGCUUGCACCUCUCUAAAAUGAAAGUGAUCUUUGCUUUGUUCAUUUUAUGCUAUUUUUCUCUAUUGUUUUGUUGCAAAGGGCAUCAGAUUAUAAAAAUCUUACUAAGACUACUACGGUAUGUGAUGGGGUUGAGUUAAAAUGUACUGCAGUUACGGUAUACAGUUUGUUGGUCGAUCAAUGAAUGUUCUUCAUGUGUUCUUAUA